AUGGCAACUUUACCGCGAAUGAAUGUAUCAAAACAUAGUUGUAGUAAUAUUUCCUCGCCUUUUAGUACCAGUCCCCGGAAAUUACAAGAAAUGACUCUUCCUGCUUCUGAUGGGCAUGAUGUGACCAGUGCUAGUGGUGUAAGCAUGAAACAGUAUGAAGAGCAACUCAAUGGUUUAAGAAAGGAGAAUUUUCAUUUGAAAUUAAGGAUAUAUUUUUUAGAAGAAAAAUUGGGAACUGGAGCGCCACCAGCUGUUCAAGGGCUUUUAGAACACAAUGUCCGUCUUCAAGUGGAAGUAGAAGAGCUGAGAAGGCAACUUACUGAUAAGCAGGAGUUACUUGCAGCUGCAGCUGAGGCAAUUGAUGUUCUAGAAAACCAGGGCUCCAUUUCUACUGAGGUUGCAGAUGUAUCAACAAACAAUAGUAUUACUAUGAAGAAGGAAAACAACGAACCACAAAAGGAAACUGGAAAUCACACUGAUGCUGUGGAUGAAACCUGUCAGUCGGAGUCAGCUGGAGAUUACUUAGCAGUAACAGUUAAUAAUGAAGAUUUGGAUCAGUUAACAAGGUUAAAGAAAGAAAAUCGUAAAGCCCUUCAAAUGAUCAAAGGCUGUAUGAAAAAAAUUCAGCAACAAGACAAGGAAAUUAAAAAACUUAAAUUGGACAAAGAACUUGCAUACGCCCACGUGAGUGAUUCGCAGUUAGAAAAAUAUGAAGAAAUAUUGAAAUGUAAGGAUGAACAUAUUAAGGACUUGGAGAACAGGGUCAGACAGCUGCAAACAAAUGUUGACAACACAAAUGAUGAUACCACUGGAAAUCUUCAGCAAUUACUAACACGGCGUUUACAAGGACUGGCAUACUUUUUGGACAAAUUGCUGUCGCACAAGUGUGUUCUAGGCGAAGAGAAGAAAAAACUAGCUGAAAGCAUACUCGAGCAAAGUUUAGCUUUGCCUGUUGGCUUAGAGUUGGAUGAAUCAAUGGUCCCCGAGGAAUUCACAAUGGAUGAAAGCAACUUCGAUAUAUCGCAAUCAAUGAGAAUCGAAGACUUAACCAUAAUGUUCGGCCAUCACUUAACGUGUAGUGAGGACAAUAGAUACUCUUUAAAGAAACCUCUUCGAAAUAUCCCACAGGCAGACGUCAUAUCGGAGUCGGAGUGUUGGUCCGAACCGGACAGAAACGUGUCACUAGCUCGAGUCGGCCUCUGUGACACCGGAGUAGCAGUGCACGAGUGUGUCUCUGAAAACAAUCGAUACCGUUCGCGUCGGUCCAAACUGUCUUAUGGAUCAAGGUCCGAAGACAACAAACCCAUUAAUGAACUUGCCCUUGUAGAACAAGUAGACGAGCUUUCUAAACUUAAUCAACAACUAGAAAAAGACAAAAAAGAUUUGGGAGACAAACUAGAAUUUGCAGUAAAACAAAUAGACGAACUUAUGGCUGAAAAAGCAGAAAUCAAAGCUGCACUGGCAUUGGAACAACAGACAGCCCUAGAGGCCAACAAAAACUUCGAAAACCUUAAACACACUGUCUUCGUUCUGGAAACAAGAAUUAAAGAUAACGAGCAACAAAUAGGUCAUAAUUUACAACUGGUUGAAAAAUUACGUGCAGAGAAGCAUGAGAUGGAGUCUACGUAUUUGGAAAAUGAACGUUGCUUGCGACGCGCGGCCGACGAGGCGACCGUGCAGGCCUCGCAGGCGGCCUUGGAGCGAGCGCGAGCCCAGCACGAACGGUUACGUAUUGAAAGAGAGUUGGAAGAAACACGCGAAAAACUAGCAUCUGCCAUGGAAGCUAAUGCUCAGUUAGAAAUGGAAAUUACCCGCAAAGUAGCAAUGGACGCUGAUAAUAAAAUAGCUGAAAUACACGAAGGUGUCUUUUUCGAGGAAGAAAGACCUACAUCGCCUGAUCAAGGCAUAGACAGUGAUAGGCUCUCAAGCUUAGAACAAAAUGAUGAAAUAAAUCUGUCUCCCCGUUCACUGUAUGAAGAAAACGUCACCCUCAAACAAAAAUUAGCUAGAACAAAAGCGACACUGGCAGAAACUUUAACGCAGCUUAAUGCAGCAAAUAUGAGAAAAAGAAAUGUGCAACGAGCUAUUUGUCGUGAAAUUCAUAAGACACAGGGGGUUUUACGUAAAGCGCGUGACAAGCUUGAGAAUCAUAAU